AUGGAUCCCAACUCGCUAUCUGCCUGGAGCAUCCCGCUCGCACAAUGGCUGCUCGUCCAGCUCCUGACAGGAUGGACAAUCGCCUUCACACCGCCAUCCUCCAAAAUUAGACCUGCUGUCACUGUGAUCGUCAUUGCACUCGCCUAUUCCUUCCAGUCUCAAGUCCGUCAAACCUUUGCCGAGACUCGCGCGCGUGGACCUCUAGCCGCCAUGUGCUGGGUCAAUGUGCUCAAUGCCAUCGACUUGUUGAUGUUGAGUCGAGUCUCGUUCGACGAGCAGAUUGCAUGGGAGAGCAAGAAACCCAACCAGAAAAGGACCGUGGACAGGAACAGCUAUUUGAGAAGACUCGUCUGGUCCGUGGAAAUGGCGUUCAACUACCGUCGCGUCAAUACCCCGUGGCAGAUCCGCGCUGUCCCGGAAUUCGACAGGCACGAGCCGGGGUUCGUCCCUACCAAGUGGGAUUUCCUGCGUCGGUGUGCAGUCAAAGUAUGCGGCUCGCUGCUCGUGCUGCAUUUCUGCACGAUCGACGCGGGGGAUGCUCAUCUUGCGGGCGUGGUUUCCGAGAUUUCAGAGACUAAGAAGGUGUUACUGCCUACUUGGGAGGAAUGGACGGCGCGGCGGGUGCUCAUCCAGAUGCUAUUCACCAUUUCCUUUGGUUUCGUCACUCGAGCGGCUAUACUGGGCAUGUAUAACCUCCUCGCGAUGCUCUUCGUCGCUCUGGGCGCGUACGAGCCCGUCGACUGGCCGCCUAUUUUCGGCUCGUUGGGCGAUAUGUACUCAUUGACUCGGGUUUGGGGAAUCGCGUGGCAUCAGAUCCUGCGCAAGCUGGUUACAUCUAAUGCGGAUUUCAUGCUGUUCGGCGUCCUCCGGCUCCCGCAGGGCAUUGUUGCCAAGUAUCUGCGGCUGAUCAUGGCGUUUGUCACGUCCGGAUUAGUGCACUUCCUCAUGGAUCUGGGCUUCGGGGUAUCCUUGGACCAAAGCGGAGCGCUGUGGUUCUUCUGUCUGCAGAUUCCAGGCAUCGUGCUGGAGAACCUGGUGUGGUAUACCUGCCACGGAAUGAUCAAGCAGGUGGAUUAUCGUUGGAGACGGGUGCUUGGCUACGCCUGGCCCUCGGUCGUCACCCAGACAGCCAGCAUCACAUUCUACGCAGCUUGCACAGAUAACUACAAAACCAAAAUGCUCCUCCCGGCCAUCGUCCCGCUUGUCCUCCUGGGCACCGCCUUCGUCUUCGCCGUCAUCGAGCUCGGCCUCGGCGGCCACCUCGCCUCCUUCUACACCGGCUCCCGCAAAGUCGCCGUCUACGACCCCGCCAGCACCUGGGGCUACUCCUACAAAACAGUCUCCUCCUCCGUCCCCGGCAUCCUCGCCUUCCUGCUCUUCACCGCCGUCUGGACCCUGCUCGUCUGCGCCGCCGCCGCCCUCCUCCCCUGGUUCUACCGCGCCAAGGCAGCCGCCGGCUCGCGGCUCAACACCAUCCUCACGGGCGUGCUGGUCGGCGUCUACUUCGUGACGAUGGUGUUCUGGCUCGCGUGCUUCGCGGACAUCGCAGCCGAGCUGGGCGGGUGGAGUUACUCCGAUUACUAUAAUGCGGUGAUUGCGUUUGCCGUGCUCUUGUGGCUGCUCUUCCUUGCGCUCUUCAUCGUCGUUAUCCUUGCUGUGUGUGGGGUGUUGGAGUCCGAUGUCCCGGGGUACAGAGUCGUGACUCGGAAGGAGAGUGCGGCGCCUGUUGCGACGGAGGGGACGCAGAUGCAGACGGUCGAGGUAGCAUAG